ACGGCCUCUUGUAGGCAGAAGAGCAGAAGCAGGAACGUGUCCCGUGUUCAGUCGCGACUUGCUGCAGUCUUACACGUUUCGCUUGACAGUUGCACUGGGCUUCAACAAUCUGCAGAUACACCUUUUCCUCGGAAUACUUUAUCGACACCCAGCAGCACGGAUGUGCAAUAUGACAUUUGAAACCUGUGGAGGCAUCUCUUCAGAAAGGAUGGAAACGGUGUCAAAGGCAAUCGAGGAGAUUCUCAGCUCUGCCUUGCCCCAGGGUUGCGUCACCGCCGGCGUUUACGAAGCAGCCAAAUCUCUCAAUGCGGACCCAGACAACGUGGUCCUGUGUCUGCUUGCGACGGACGAGGAGCACGCGGGAGACGUUGCCCUGCAGAUCCACUUCACGCUCAUCCAGGCCUUCUGCUGCGAAAACGACAUCAACAUCGUGCGAGUGAGCAACAUGCGGCGCCUUGCCGAGAUCUUGGGAGAGAGCAAGCUGGGGGGAGAGCCCGAAGACCUGCACUGUGUUUUAGUAACGAAUCCCCCCUCCACUUUGUGGAAGGACCCUGCGUUGGGAAAGGUGAACACGUUCUGCAAAGACUGCCGGUGUCUGGACCAGUGGCUUCCUGUCAUCAACCUGCCCGACCGAUGACCGCGACGUACACACAGGGCAGCACGACACCAUGUACGUGCGCACGCAAAAAACAGUGUGCCUCGGAGGAAGGAAACGAAACACAAAAUUCAUUAGACCCCGGAUAACGGUCCCAGCUCUCAGUUAUCCGUUAUCCGUUUUCCGUCUCCUGGAAUACUCAAGCAAUCGGUUUCCAGGGCAACGAGGAAUAGCGGUGGGAGGAGGAGCGACAGGUGGAUGGAAUACCAACGAAGGAAAUGAUAAAGAAUAAGGAAAAUAUAAAAGCGCCGGGUCAGCGCGGAGAUACCGCGCCAAGAAGGAUGACUCAGCGCUUACAAGGAGUCACAGGAUCUGGCAAGCAUGACUGUGCAUUUGCGGGAACACAUGUCUUUGCGGGAUACCGGAGCAUGUGAUCUGGCACGACGCACGUGGAAGGACACUCAAGGAAUGCAGACAGCGAGAGGUGGCAGGAGAGAGCGAGAGAGACAAAGAGGGAGAA